CCCAAUUCCACGCCGUUCCACACUGCGCUGACUCUGGUGAGAAACCCGAGGUAAAGUGUGGCCAGAUCCCAAGUUCGUCUGUGCGAUAGCUGCUCGGAAACGCCACCAGCUAGAUCGUCCGCAGAUGAUUCGUUCGACACUAGGUCUCGUCGCCCUGAUAUGGACAGCGGCGACGGCGGCGGUUGUCAGCGCGCAAGAGAACUCGACGUCAUUUAUCUGGAAGCCCCUUGCGAACUCCAUAUGCACGAACUGCGCUGUACAGAUCACGAAUGCAUUGAAUUGGCCAGCCGAGCUCAACAGAGUUGGCAUCGUGCCUGAGAACCUCAACUCGCCAGGAUGCAGUUUGGGCACCACAUACGUGAAUGUUAUUUCCCCAACGAUACGAAAUACCCCAUGGACACCCACAGGGACCGCUGUCGAGUGCAGCCUGACGUUGGCCGCCUCCAUGACGUCUCCAGUUUUUUGCAUCACGACAAAGACUCCAGGGGCCGUGACUUUAUCGCUGACGAAGGCGCAUCUCGUGUCGCUCGCCAAGGCCCCUUCCUCCACCUUUACGCUGUUCAAUUUGACGAGCCCCCUGGUUGUUGACUUGGUGUAUACAACCCCAGGCUCGUUGUCGAUCAACAUGACCAACGUCUCGGCCGAGUGCCAGAAUUCAAACCCUAAGGCGACCGCAAUUCCCGGGAUGGCCUUGCUCGAUCCUAAGGACUUCGUCGUCGGCCCGGUCAACUUCGUUCCCGGUGUAUUGAGCGCCACGAUCACAUCGAGUUCCACAGCGCUCGGGUCGUUGACCAACAUCACGUUCAACGUGAUUUCGACCUCUGCGAUUCCGCCGAUUGCUGUGAUGACUUUGCUGUCCGAGAACGCCCGGACAAAUUUCAACCUCGCGUUCAGCUCGACCACGGGCGACAUCUUCAUUACUGCUGGCGGUGUCACGUCGAAGGCAUCGUUCGACCUGGCGAGAGAUGUCGACCCAACGUUCGGCCUCAGCUUCACCUACCGCGGCACGGCUCCGAUCUCGCAGGACGCCAACUUUUCAAUCGUCUUCACGAACGUGUCCAACCCGAAAUCGAUGCUGAAUGCGCUCAAAGUCGUGAGUUUGUACGUAAAGGACGCUCAGCGCCGCGACUUUGCCGAGUUCAAGGACGUCCCGUUCGCCGGUCCCGUGCCCCAGCGCUACGACUCGUCGUUCAAUCCGUAUGACUUGGUAUCAACCGUCCUCUUUGGCGUGUGCAUGAUCGUGGCGCUCGUGGUCGUCAAGCAGCACGGUCUCGGCUUCACGACGACGACGUGCUGGACCGACCUCGUGUCGAUUUCGGUCGUGCUGUCCCUCGCGUGCGGGUUUGUCGCGUACCUCCUGUGGAUGGUGCACCCGUCGUCCACGUUUGUGUUUCUCACGGCGCUCCAGUACUUUUUCAGUACCAACAUGAUUGUCGCGCUGUGUUUUCACUGGGCUUCCGUGCUGCGCCUCCAACUCUUCCGAAAGCUUACAAUCAAAUCCCCGGCGCUCUACUGGUACUUGUUUAUCUUGGCCGUCCUCGUUGGGUGCCUCCUCACAUGCCUCAUCAUCUUCUCGUCCACACUCGACUGUGUGUACACCCACCCGGUCACUGGAUCGUUGCAGCAACGGUCGUUGAGCGCCCCCGUCCCCGCCGCCAACGGCAACGACGUCCUCGACUCGCUCGCCGUCUGCUCCAUGAACGGGUACUACAUGCUCUUGGCGCUGGGCUUGAUUGUGUUUACCGUGUUCCUCAUCGCCCUCGGUGGGGCUGUCAUGAUCAAGGGGCGAAAACUCAUGCUGGACGAUGCGCUCCCGAUCGAAGCGCAAGCCGCGAUGCGCAAGGCCCUCACGAUCUUCUAUUGCAUCAUUGCGAGCACCGUCGUGGUCUACAUCAUCUCCGAAGUGAUAUACAUUGCGUCGUACAUCAUUUCCAAGAAAAUCGAAGACAACUACAAAAAGUCGCAACGAGUUCCAAGCAGCGGCGCCAACGACGAACAGCGCGUGUCCACAGCGAUCUGGUACUUGUUCACGGUGUGGCUACCCCAGUGCGGCCCCCCUGUCUUGCUCUUGUUUCUACAUUACUCCCCGAAUCAAGACGACGAACGCGCGACGUCCUUGGCCGACGGCAACGGAACCAAGCCGAGCCAAGACAUUUCGACGCCUGGGUCCGACCGCAUGGGCGACCUCACGCUGUUCAACGCGCACAAUGUGACGCAGUCGCAUCGCCGGUUCCUGAAUCGCACGGCCACGUUCCUCGAAGAUUCCGCGAACAAGCUGCACGUGAUCGUCAAACUCAAGGUGCCCGAAGGCAGCUUGAUACGGCGGUGCUACAUCACACUCGAUUAUUGCACGCUCAAGGUACCCACAAGCGCCAGUGGCGGCCACUUGUCGUCGACGGCGCUGUCGAGCCAGCACCCCGCCGACGUCGUUCAAGAGUGGAAGUUUGUCGAAGGCACGGAACGCGUCCAGUCCCAAGAGAUGGAAGAUCCUCAGUUUCGCAGUUCGACGCUCGGCAUGGUAAACGUGCCGUUCGUGUCGGUGCUGUCAGUUCCUGUCGCGGGGCUUGCCGCGCAUACCCUUCUCCGAUUCAUCGUGCACGCCGAAGACGAAGAGACCGAGAGCGUGUUUGCCCCGAUUCUCGAGUUUGUCACCACUCCUCAGGCGGUCAUGGACGCCACGUCGAGCAGCCAGGCCCUCAUCGUUCGCGCUGCGGACGAGUCGGAAGUAACCCACCCCGAGCUCCAGAUGCCUCGCCGUCGGCAUCGCGCCCCGUCGAGUGCCUAUGCUGCCAAGAUGCUCAUGUCGUCCGAGCUCCACGUGACGACCGUGCUCAUGGACAGCAUCGGCCCGGAAGCGCCUCUGAAUCACCACAACAUGGGCAACAUCAUUCGUUUCUUCCAGUACGAACCGACAAACGGCGACGUCGGUCUCGUCGUGGAAGACUUGAAGGAAUCUCGGUUCUGCAAUUUGAUCCCGAGGCAGUUCCUCGAGUGCCUCGCCGUCGAGCGCGCCGACGACGUCGACCAGGCCAAGUUGGACUUGCAGACGUUUUUGAGUGUCAAGAAGGAUCGCGUCGAUGGCGGAUUUUACAACCAGAUUUUGCAAACGAUUCAAGAAGAGGGCGACUACAACUUGACCAAACUGUGGCUGGAAGAUCGACUCCAGCGACGCAAGGAGUACCUGUCCAAGAUCCGUAAGAACGUCCAGUUUCUCGUUCAACGCGACAAGCAAAAGCUGUACUUUAAGGCGAGUGUCGACAAGAAAACGGAGGAUCUCAAGUUUGUCCCAGUCAACUUGCACGUCGAAGACAUGCUGGUCGGGCCGCAAGACGCUUUCGUGAAUGAAGCCAAGCUCCGGUCGUCGCUCGACGUCCACACGUACGACUUUACGACGGUGGGCGCCAUGGCCGCGCAUUGCUACAAAUUCAAGCUGGGCGGGCUCAUGUCGCUCCAGUCCAAGCUGGCCAAGCUCGAAGCCAAGCAGGAAAUGACCGAUCUGCCGUGGGACGAGCCGUCUCGCCACAUGGACGACCUGUCGUGGGACAUUCGAGUGCGCCGGGACGUGUGCAUUUCGCAGGCGCUGACGGCGUUGGUGGCGUGCUUUGUACGCAAAGUCGAGAUGGCAGUCCAGCACGCCGACCCGCACGUUGGCGAGGCGAUGCUGGUGCAGUGGAGUGAAAUCGGGUUCCUCUUUCAGGUAGAAUCGCUCUUGAGCACGCACGGCAACGAAAUUGGAAUGCUCGAAGACAUGACCGUCGCACUCGAUGCGCUCUCGAACGUGUCGUUCCGCCUGGUCGACACCAAGGACAAACCGAACUCGCGGUUUUCGUUCCGGAAGAAAACGGUGUCGUCCGUGAGCGACGAUGGCGUGGUGCAAAAGGUUCAGUUGCAGGAAAUGCCCCAACCGAGUCCGUUCCGGUACACGGUGACGGUGCAAGUCCAGUGCGGCGACUUUGACCUGCCCAAAAAGUUGGCGGCCGGUGGCCUUGUCUCUGUGUGCCCCGUGCUCUUCACACAAGGCAUCAACGAAAUGCAAACGAUCGCCAACAACACGGAGAGAGCCAAGACGGAGCUCCAGGACGUGAUCAAUAUGAAGUACCUCCUACAACUGGAGACGUACGCCCAAGCGUACGGGCAAUGGGUCCAGGAACAGAGCAUGCGUGGGGUUGUCGUGAAUACUCGAGACGAUAGUGGCGACGUACAUAAAUACUUGGGAUCGCUCCGCGUGUCGAUUGAAGAGGCGGCGAACAGCCUUGUCAAGACGAAGCGCACGGACAUUUUGACCAAGAGCUCGGAUGUGAGCCGCCAAAUGGGGGGUGGCCGCGUCACGAUUUGCAAGAGCGCCAAGGAUCGCACGGCCAUGUCGGUCACGUUGGAGCAAGGCCGGCUCUUGAUGAAGUACCAUGGGAUGGGAAUCGACAAGUUUGCCCCGACCGUCGCGGCGAUGCGGUCCAAGGGGGUGCGCAUUGAAAACGCGCUCAAGAACACAGGCAAGAAACAGUUUGCAUUCAACAAACUGCAGCGGUACGCCAUGCCAGAGGACUAUAGGUGUCCAGAGAAUGUCGGCGGGUCGGGGAAUAUUAGUUAAAUCAAAUCGUAUUGAAGUAAGGCUUAGAUUGUAGCCGUCGUGUACGCGAUCGAUGCUUUGCUUGAG